AUGCCACAUAUCCUUAUUCGCAACAUUCUCCCAUGCCAUCCGUCUCCUCCCCCUCCCUCCUCCCCGCACUUCCACCCUUAUCCCAGCCCGACGAUGUUUGUAUCACCAGCUUUGAAGUACCUGGCAUCAGUCGCAGCGCUCUUCCAGCGCGCGUCGUCGUUUCUAACGACCGAGUACAAGUACCUAGCGGUAUUCAUGGCGUUCUUCAGCGUGCUCGUCUUCCUCUUCCUCGGCUCCGUCAACUCCUUCAGCACGGCGUGGCAGCCCUGCAAGGACAACCCCUCGCAGCUCUGCGCGCCCUCGCUCGCCAACGCAUUCUUCACCACCGUCGCAUUCAUUCUCGGCGCGCUCACCUCGACGCUCUCCGGAUACCUGGGAAUGAAGAUCGCCACCUACGCCAAUGCGCGCACCACAGUGGAAGCGCGGCGCGGAAUCGGCCCAGCCUUUGUCGUAGCAUUCCGCUCAGGCGCAGUGAUGGGCUUCCUGCUGGCAGCCAACGGGCUCAUCGUGCUGUUCAUCACCAUCGUGCUCUUCCGUCUCUACUACGGCAACGACUGGGCGUCGCUCUUUGAGACCAUCACGGGGUACGGGCUCGGCGGCUCCAGCGUCGCGCUCUUCGGGCGCGUGGGCGGGGGGAUCUACACGAAAGCGGCGGACGUGGGCGCGGAUCUGGUGGGGAAGGUGGAGCGGAACAUCCCAGAAGACGACCCGAGGAACCCAGCGGUCAUCGCAGACAACGUGGGUGACAAUGUGGGGGACAUCGCCGGCAUGGGCUCAGACCUCUUUGGAUCCUUUGCCGAGUCCACGUGCGCGGCGCUCGUGAUCGCGUCCAUCUCCUCCCUGGGCCAGACGCACAACUUCACGGCCAUGUGCUUCCCUCUCCUCGUGUCCGCGCUGGGCAUCCUCGUGUGCCUCUUCACCACGCUCUUUGCCACCGACUGGUUCCAUGUCACUGAGGCCCGCCACGUGGAGCCGCAGCUCAAGGCGCAGCUGCUGAUCAGCACCGUGCUCAUGACGCCGCUCGUGCUGGGGCUGUGCUAUCUCGCGCUGCCGUCGUCGUUCACCAUUGUGGUGGCGGGGGAGGAGGCGGACAAGACGGCGCAGAACUGGCAGAUCUUCUUCUGUGUGGCCUCGGGCCUGUGGGGCGGGCUGCUCAUUGGAUAUGUCACCGAGUAUUUCACCAGCCACGCCUACUCCCCUGUAAGAGAUGUGGCAGACUCGUGCCGCACGGGAGCAGCAACCAACAUCAUCUUCGGGCUAGCCCUGGGCUACAAGUCCGUCAUCAUUCCCGUCUUCGCCAUCGCCGUCGCCAUCUACAUCAGCUACGCCAUCGCCGCCAUGUACGGGGUCGCGCUGGCCGCCCUUGGCAUGCUCUCCACGCUCGCUACUGGGCUCGCUAUCGACGCGUAUGGGCCGAUCUCGGACAACGCCGGGGGGAUUGCGGAGAUGGCGGGGCUGGGGGCGGACGUGAGGGAGCGGACAGAUGCACUGGACUCUGCUGGGAACACCACUGCUGCUAUCGGCAAGGGCUUUGCCAUUGGGUCAGCAGCGCUGGUGUCACUGGCUCUGUUUGGAGCGUAUGUGAGCCGCGCACAGGUCACCAACAUCCUCAUCACCAACCCGCAGACAUUUGUUGGCCUGCUAGUGGGUGCCAUGCUGCCAUACUGGUUCAGUGCCAUGACCAUGAAGAGCGUGGGCAAGGCAGCGCUAGCGAUGGUGGACGAGGUGCGGCGGCAGUUUGACACCAUCCCGGGCCUCAUGGAGGGCACCGCCCGCCCCGACUACCACAAGUGCGUGCAGAUCUCCACCAAGGCCUCGCUCAAUGAGAUGCUGCCACCUGGCGCGCUCGUGCUCCUCGCGCCGAUCAUCACAGGGGUUCUCUUCGGGACGGCAACCCUAGCAGGGCUCCUGGCAGGGGCCCUGGUGUCUGGGGUGCAGAUGGCGGUGUCGGCGAGCAACACGGGCGGCGCGUGGGACAACGCGAAGAAGUACAUCGAAGCGGGGAUGUCGGAGCACGCGCAGUCGCUGGGGCCCAAGGGGUCAGAGGCACACAAGGCAGCGGUGAUCGGGGAUACGGUGGGGGAUCCGCUCAAGGAUACAUCUGGGCCGUCGUUAAAUAUUCUUAUCAAGCUGAUGGCUGUGGAGUCGCUGGUGCUGGCGCCGUUCUUCGUGGCGCAUGGCGGGCUCAUCUGGGGCAAGGCUAAGUGA